AUGAAAAGUUCUAUGGACGUUCCGAACUAUAAAAAGAUCGAGGGAAAAGUAGCUAUUGUCACAGGAGGAGCAAGCGGCAUCGGGGAAGCCACGGCUCGUUUAUUCGCCAAACAUGGCGCACGUGCAGUUGUGAUCGCGGACAUCCAAGACAACCUUGGCAAAAACAUCGCUGUCUCCAUUGGCUUAGACCGUUGCACUUACAUACAUUGUGAUGUUACAGAUGAGUCCCAAGUGAAAUCUCUGGUAGACUCAACAGUGGCCAUCUACGGUCAGCUGGAUAUUAUGUUCAGCAACGCGGGGAUUGCAAGUAAAUGUGUUCAGACAGUUUUUGACUUCGAUAUGGAACAAUUUGACCGACUUUUUGCAGUCAAUGUUCGCGGGAUGGCAGUUUGUGUGAAACACGCCGCACGUGCAAUGGUGGAGCUGAAGGUGAAAGGAGAUAUUAUUUGUACGGCUAGUGUGUUUGCUAGGAAAGGGGUGGCACAACGGACAGAUUAUUGUAUGUCAAAGCAUGCAGUGGUAGCACUGAUGAAAUCGGCUAGCAAGCAGUUAGGGCAGUAUGGGAUUCGAGUGAAUUGUGUGUCACCAUAUGCUGUGGCUACACCGUUGAUGUGUAACAUGCUUGAGAAGGAUGUUGCAGAAGUGGAAAAACUGCAUGAACAAAUGACUUGUUUGAAAAAUAUGGUUUUAAAAGCAGAGGAUGUUGCUGAGGCUGUUUUGUUCCUUGUGGGUGAGAAAUCUGGUUUUAUCACUGGACAUGAUCUGGUUAUCGAUGGCGGAUAUACUAAUAUUUGA